GACAAAAUUCACAAUAACUUUCAAACCUGCAGUACAACCAAUUAUAAUUCCCUAAUCGCCAGUCCAUUUAUAAAUUAAUUAAUUAUCAAUCAGGAAACAAAUGGCACAAGACUGACAAACAACCCAAACUUUGAGUGAAAGCAUUUCAAAGAAAUGGGAAAUUGAAACUGCUGUGAAAGUGUAACGGGGAACUGUGCCCAUGUGUGAUGCUGAUAUAUAAGCAGGGAAACAUCUUCAGGGUUUACGGCUUCAAACAGUCAUCAAAACCUUCAACACAAUGAAGACUGCUGCAUUUUUAGUUUUUCUGGCGUGUCUGCUUGCUACACAAGUGCAUGGGCAAAAAAAAUUUAACAGGUGCUCGUGUGUCGGUAAAGGCCUGCACAGGGUUGCACUGAGGAACAUUGAGAAGUUUGAAAUCAUCCAUCCAAGUCCAUCUUGUGGAAAACAGGAGAUUAUUGUGACCAUGAAGAGCUCAGAGCAGAAAUGCUUAAACCCAGAGUCUAAAUUUACCCAGGAAUUAAUCAGGAGGGCUCUUGAGAAGCGUGUAAUACUUACUGAUGAAGUGUCUGUGGUCUUUUCAGGAUCCAGCAGUAGAUGAUCAGUUAUUGCUGUAUUUUUAUAAAGGCACUGAAGAACAUCUCAAAACCAAUGAAACCAGAUGCUGUAAAACCUCCACAGUUUACACACAUCACAUGAGUUUGACUAGUGAAGAGAUGUAUUUACUAUUGUAUUAGUUUCUACUUAUUAAUAUAUGAAUCAAACUUUGUAAUUAUUUUAAAAUCACAUUGUACAUUUUAUUGUGUAUAUCUCUGUUUAGUUUGUUAAUAGGAAUAAUAAACACUGCUAUAGAGUGCUAUUGUAAAAUCCACUUACGAUGAUUAAUUGUGUUACAGUUUGUUGCAAAAUAAAAUAAAUGUUUCUAUAAAUCAA